UUUUUGAAAACGAAGAAGCAAUUCACUACCCUCUUUUCUCUGUCCAUAGAGAUAGGAUCGUAGGAAUAGAGGCAUACGAAGUUGAUUUUUUUUUCAUAUUAGUUUAUUAAUUUUCUCCCUUUCUUCAUUGAAAGCUGCAAGUAAAUCGCAAGCUCUUGCCAGUGGGGUGGGGGAAAAGAAGUGAAAGAAAGGAAGGAAGUUGUCGUAUCUGCAAAAUCAUAUAUGCUGGGUGGUGGUGACACAACUGCUAGUGCUCUUGGAAGCGGCGGCGGUGGCACCGAUGGAAACGUCGCUGCUGCAUCUAUGGUUAGCAGCGGUGGAGCUCGUGAUGGCAGCAGUACUGAAGGAGGCGGUGCAGUCGUAGCGGCCAACAUGUUUGGCUCCAAUGGAAAUAAUAGCAAUUCGGGUGACGACGGGAGAGUUAGAGUUGAGGAAGGCGAGCGUUUUUACGGGGGCAACCUUUAUGAUCCAACAAACCGCUGGCCGAGGCAAGAGACUUCGGCACUCUUGAAGAUAAGGUCGGACAUGGAUGUUACCUUUCGUGACGCUAGCGUCAAGGGUCCAUUAUGGGAAGAGGUUUCCAGGAAACUAGCAGAGCUUGGGUAUCAUCGAAGUGCCAAGAAAUGCAAGGAGAAAUUCGAGAAUGUUUUCAAGUAUCACAAGAGGACCAAAGAUGGCCGAACUGGUAAAUCAGAUUGCAAGACUUAUCGUUUUUCCGAUCAACUUCUAGCCCUGGAAACCCAUCUUUCCGCUCAAACCCCAGUAACAACUGCAGCAGCGCCGCCGCAACUAAAGCCUCCAGUUCUGUCUCAGGCGACAAUAGCAGCAGCUAAUAAUCCUCCGACUCAGACUAAUAAUGUCACUGUUCCAUCAGCAACAACAGUAUUACCCAGUUUGGCUCAAAACAUUGUACCGACAAACAUAAACCCUACAAUUCCUUCUUUUCCUAACAUUACCGCAGAUAUAAUAUCGGAUUCGACCUCCUCAUCCACCUCGUCGGAUUUACAAUUGGAAGGUCGGAGGAAGAGGAAAAGAAAAUGGAAGGGCUUUUUCGAGAAGCAGAUGAAGAAGGUGGUUCACGAGCAGGAGGAGAUGCAGAAGAAAUUCCUGGAAGCAUUAGAGAAACACGAGCAGGAAAGAUUGGCUCGUGAAGAAACUUGGAGAACGCAAGAGAUGGCCAGAAUAAAUAGAGAACGUGAAUUAUUAGCCCAAGAUAGAUCAAUAGCAGCAGCAAAGAAUGUAGCUCUAAUGGCGUUCUUGCAAAAAUUAUCCGACCAGCAACACCCGGGGCAGGCACAAAAAAAUCCACCGCCACAACCGCAUGUAUCGGCUGUGGCACAAACACCGCCGCCAUUACCAGCGGCAGCAGCAGUGCCUGCUCCACAGCCUCCGCCGAGAGUACCGGAAUUAUCUUUAUUGAAGACGGAGAAUGGGGAUCAAAGUUACCAGGCAAGCCCAUCGAGAUGGCCUAAAGUGGAGGUUCAAGCAUUGAUUGAGCUAAGGAGUAGGCUGGACAAUAAAUACCAGGGCAGUGGUCCAAAAGGACCAUUGUGGGAGGAGAUAUCAGCUGCAAUGAAAAGGCUGGGUUACAAUCGCAACGCCAAGCCAUGCAAAGAGAAAUGGGAGAACAUAAACAAGUACUUCAAGAAGGUUAAAGAUAACCACAAGACAAGACCCGAUGAUUCCAAAACAUGUCCCUACUUUCACCAACUUGAUGCUUUAUAUAGAGAAAAGAACAAAUAUGACAGCUCCUCCACUCAAAUAAAACCACAAAACUCAGCUCCCUUGAUGGUACUCCCCGAGCAGCAAUGGCCGCCGCCUCCUUCCGAGGCUUACCAACAGCACCACCAACGUGAUGACGGACUCGAAUACUUGGGAAGCGAUCAAAACCAAGACGAGGAAGGGGAUGAAGACGAAGACGAAGACGAAGUCGAAGGUGGUGACUACGAAAUUGUAGCCAGCAGACCAGCUUCAAUGGGGUCGUGCGAGUGAUGUUUAGAG